AUUCUAUCAAAUAAAAAUUUUAAAGCAUUACUUGUUUAGAUUAUCUUAAUAGAAUCAUAGUAUGCAUGCAUGGAUUCAGGAUCUGCAUGUUGGAAAUGCGGAGGCAUGGUAUUUUGUUUGACAAUAUUAAAUUCAUUCAUCAUGAAUUUCUUUAAUCACACGCUUAAUCACAAUACAACAAUGAUGAGACAUUGGUGGGAUUGUAGCAAAACUCAGCACAUUACAGCCAACUUAGAUCAGGAAGAUGAGAUUCUUAGCUCUCUAUCUCUGCUAUAUAUAAGAGGUUCAAUGCAGUGGCUUGAGCUACAACCAGGACCACCUCUACAUUCAAAAUCUUGACAGGUUUUUUCAUUUUGCAGAAGGAGAAAAUGGCUGCAUGUCAUCACCGUUCAAUCAGCUUACCAUCUGGAUCUCAUCCCCUAACUGCAACUAUUGAGGAGCAGCUGUGCAAGUUGAAGGCAUCACAGUCCUUAUCAAUAGGACACAAAUUGAGUGGCCUAAAGAAUUUGUUCGAGUCUGUUGAUGAUUUGCUACAGCUGCCACUGGCACAACAGACAUUUUCCCAUGAGAGGCAAAGCCGGUGCGUAGAAAAUGCAUUGAAUGGAUCUCUGGAGAUCUUGGAUUUGUGCGAUUCUGCAAGAGACUUUUUCUCACAGAUGAAGGAAUGUGCACAGGAACUUGAAUUAUCUCUCCGAAGAAGAAAAGGUGGAGACUCUUGCUUAACAGGUGAUGUUGAUGCAUACAUGGUAUCUAGAAAGAAUCUGAACAAAGCAAUUUGCAAGUACCUAAGAAAUUUGAAGAAAAGGGAAAGGAAUUGCACGACAGCAGCCUUGGACAAUAACUUCAAUUUGACAAACAUGAUUAGCACCCUAGCAGAAGUUCAAGAACUCAGUCUUGUGGUGUUCGAGUCGAUCUUAUCUUUUCAUUUCUCAGUCAAAGGCAAAAUCAAAGCCCUCUGGCUGGUCUAUCGUCUCGAAAUUAUUGCAAUCCAAGCGUGUAUCAUGUAAGUGGAAAUUGAAUUAAAUGAAGUAGAGAAGAUUGAUGCUGAAUUGCUUAUCCUGAAGUCAAGCAAAGACACAAGUAAUUCAAAACUUCAAAACCUUCUGAAAGGAUUGGAGGCUUUGAAGUCAAGCAUUCAAGAAGCCGAGGAGGAACUGGAAUGCAUCUAUAGGCAACUGGUGAAAAUCAGAGUAUCCCUACUCAACAUUCUGAAUCACUAGCGGUUCUGCUUCCAUCAGCUGCCCAAGUCCAACACAAUUUUUGUACUGUAAUUCUAUUCCAAAUUGUAGAUAUAUGUACACAUGGAGAAUGAAACUCAAUAAAAGUAUACCAUGAUUGAGUAAAUUUCGUUCUAA